AUUAGGAGUCGCAGAGAGAGAGAGAGAGAAAAGGGGAAGUAACGAUCAAAGUGUUGAAUGGCGGCUGUCGCUCAAUUGUAACAUUACGAAUCUCGUCUGGAUUUCCGUGCGCCGAACGCAGCGACGAUGAUUCGCGUGCUGAGCGGCGCGUCGCGCGCCGCCGUUUUCGCAGCGCAGCCGACGCCGGCGCGCGGCGUCGCGAGCGGGCACCUCCACAGUUCCAGUGAGAGAAAUCCCAAGUCACAUUCCUGGCAUGAUAAAAUCGACAUUGCGUGUUCCUAUGAUGUGGCUGUGGUUGGAGCUGGAAUUGUGGGCCUGGCUACAGCUCGAGAGCUCAUUCUUCGCCAUCCAUCGCUGAGCUUUGUUUUGCUGGAGAAGGAGAAAGAGCUUUCUGUACACCAGAGCGGGCACAACAGCGGGGUCAUCCACAGCGGGAUCUACUACACCCCGGGCUCCCUGAAGGCUCGCCUGUGUGUGCGAGGGUCCACGCUGGCCUACGAGUACUGUGAGAAGAAGGGCCUCCCUUACAAGAAGUGUGGAAAGCUUAUUGUUGCCUUGGAACAAGAGGAGGUACCUCGACUCAAAGCCCUGUACGAGCGAGGCCUGCAGAACAACGUGCGAGACCUCAGCAUGGUGGAUGCCAAGGGGAUCCGGGAGCGGGAGCCCUACUGCAGGGGUAUAAUGGCCCUAGACUCUCCUUACACCGGCAUCGUGGACUGGAGGCUGGUGGCGCUGACGUACGGCAAGGACUUCGAAGAAGCAGGCGGGACGGUGGUGACCGACUUCGAGGUCAACGACAUAUCCGCGGUCAGCGAGAGCCCGGCCGGGGGCACCGAAGGACUGAGACAUCCCAUAGCGAUCAGAGACGAAAAGGGCGGCGAGGUGAGGUGCCGCUACGUGCUGACGUGUGGGGGCCUCCAUUCCGACCGCCUGUCCCAGAUAUCCGGGUGUAGCUCGGAGCCCAGGAUCGUGCCCUUCCGGGGAGACUAUCUGGUGCUGAAGCCAGAGAAACACUAUCUCGUCAAGGGGAACAUCUACCCCGUGCCCGACCCUCGCUUCCCCUUCCUGGGAGUUCACUUCACCCCGCGGAUGGACGGCAGCGUCUGGCUGGGGCCGAACGCGGUGCUGGCGUUCAAAAGGGAAGGCUACAAAGUGUACGACUUUAACCUGCGAGACUUCGGCGACGCACUUUCCUUCAGGGGUCUGCAGAAGCUGGUGCUGAAGAACAUGCGGUACGGGCUCGGGGAAAUGUACAGGGGCGUCUUCGUUAACGCGCAGGUUAAAAUCCUACAGAAGUACAUCCCUGAACUCUCGCCGAGCGACGUCCUCAGGGGUCCCGCGGGGGUCCGAGCCCAGGCGCUGGACCGUGACGGCAACCUGGUGGACGACUUCGUGUUCGACGGCGGCGUGGGCGACGUUGGUAGCCGGGUGCUGCACGUACGGAACGCUCCCUCGCCCGCGGCCACCUCCUCCCUAGCCAUCGGCGAGAUGAUCGCCGACGAGGUGGCGAACCGCUUCUCGCUGUGAGAGAGAGAGAGAGAGAGAGAGA